CUCAAUUGUCCUCUGAACUGCCGCCAUAAGCCUCUAUCGAUGCCUUGUGUCGUCUCUUUACAGCCAUAUGUAUAAGCCGUCUUCUUCACAUCGCAAGGCAUCUCUCACUUCAGUUUGAAAUAGAGCUUCUUCGGCAAAGCCUGCCCGCCAUUUUUUCCCUGAUGAAAUAGAGCUUUGACGAAGGAGAUGGAGAGCCAAUCGGACGGCAACGAAGAGAUGGCGACCAUCAAAGAGAUGCGCCACCACCUUGAAUCCCGUGCCGACGCCGUACACGACGUUCAGAUGGACAUCAUCGCUUCCCUCCAAACCCUGGUCCCCGACAUCGUCUCUUCUCUCGAUCUCUCACUCACCAUUGUUUCCGCCUUCAAUGGCCGCCCUUUCACUCCCCUCUCCCCCCCUCUCCCUAACCCUAACCCAAAACGCCCGCCGCUGGAUAACCGGUCGCUGCCUCGCUCCGUCGAGCCCAAGCCGGCUGGUUCCGUGGGCCAGAAGCCGAAACCGAAUUCGAAUCCGGAGAACAUGAGGAGCCGAUCGGAGAGUGACGAGUUCACGAUUGACGAGAUCGGGAGCCCCUUGUCGGUGGUUCGAUCCAUGGUGGCGGUUUGUUUGCUGGAGAGAGUCCCGUUCGCGCCUAUUGAUUCGUCGACGGUCCUGCGGAAGCUGGAGAAUGAUCCGUCGGCCACGGCGGCGGAGAAGGCGGCGCUGCGGGAGGUGGGAGGGGAGUCGGGGGCUAUACUGGCGGUGGAGAUGGCGCUCAGGUCCAUGGCGGAGGAUAAUGGUGGCGUUGAGUUGGAGGAGUUUGUGGUGAGUGGGAAGUCUAGGGUUAUGGUUAUGGGAAUUGACCGGACUCGGCUGGUUAAAGAGUUGCCUGAGAGUAAGCAGCGUCACCAGAACGAAUCCAAUUCUUUGAACGAAGCAAAUCAAACGGCUGGUGAUGGAGCUUUUGGAACAGGAGGGGCAAUGCCCCGACCGAUGCCGGAUAUGUGGGGUGGUCAUGGGGAGCCGCAUUUGUCAGGAAUGCCUCCCAUUUUUCCGGGGUCUGGAGCGGCCGGCAUGAUGGGACCUAGGGGAGGGCCUAGAGGAAUGGGAGGCAUGAUGGUGAUGCAUAGAGGAAUGGGUGUUCCUCCAAUCCACCGACCUCCAUUGGGCUCAAAUGCUCUGAUGGGUGGCUCGAAUGCCAUUACUUUGAAGCCUAGGACUGAAGAGGAUGACCUCAAGGAUCUUGAGGCUCUGUUGAAUAAAAAGUCUUUCAGGGAGACGCAGAAAUCGAAAACUGGAGAGGAGCUAUUGGACCUCAUUCGCCGUCCUACUGCAAGGGAAACUGCUGUAGCUGCCAAGUUCAAAACCAAAGGUGGUUCUCAGCUAAAGGAGUACUGUUCAGCCUUGACAAAAGAAGAUUGCAGACGUCAAUCUGGUUCCUAUAUUGCUUGUGAAAAGGUUCAUUUUCGACGUAUAAUUGCUCCUCAUACCGAUGUCAAUUUAGGGGACUGCUCCUUUCUGGAUACAUGCCGUCACAUGAAGACAUGCAAAUAUGUUCACUAUGAGCUGGACAAUACACAAGAUGUGACACCUUUGAUGAUGGGAGCUGCUGCACUUCCUCCCUCUAAACCUCUGAAGCAACGUGCUGAAUACUGUUCAGAAGUAGAGCUUGGUGAACCACAAUGGAUUAACUGUGAUAUCCGUUCAUUUAGAAUGGAUAUUCUAGGGCAGUUUGGAGUUAUAAUGGCUGAUCCACCAUGGGACAUCCAUAUGGAAUUGCCUUAUGGGACUAUGGCUGAUGAUGAGAUGCGUAAUCUUAAUGUUCCUGCACUUCAGACUGAUGGUCUGAUAUUUCUUUGGGUUACUGGACGUGCAAUGGAGCUUGGCCGAGAAUGUUUAGAGCUUUGGGGAUACAAACGCGUUGAGGAACUUAUAUGGGUGAAGACCAAUCAACUUCAACGAAUAAUCAGAACCGGGCGGACAGGGCAUUGGCUUAAUCACAGCAAGGAACAUUGCCUUGUUGGAAUAAAGGGUAAUCCAGAAGUAAACAGGAAUAUCGAUACAGAUGUCAUAGUGGCUGAGGUUCGAGAAACAAGCCGUAAGCCUGAUGAGAUGUACCCCAUGCUGGAGAGGAUAAGUCCUAGGACAAGAAAACUGGAACUGUUUGCUCGCAUGCAUAACGCUCAUGCAGGGUGGAUAUCGCUUGGUAAUCAACUGAAUGGAGUACGAUUAGUGGAUGAGGGUCUUCGGGCUAGGUUUAAGGCUGCUUACCCUGAGGUAGAGGUGCAACCCGCAUCACCUCCAAGAGCUUCUGCAAUGGAAGUUGACUCUAAUCCUGCACAUGUGAGGAGUCCAUUUGUGGGAGGUGAAUCAAAUUCAUCUGCUAUGCAGUUCUCGGAGGGCAGAGCUCCUGCGGCAGCAUAUGAGCAGAAGCCAAUGAACCAUGAGGUUGAAUGACCGGAUAAUUCACUGUCCAAGUUGUUGUCCUGCUUUUGAAGUGUCAUCUAAUCAGGUGAAAAAACGGAGGGCAGGGCAGUGUUGUGUUGGAUGGCUGCUCUUGGGGUGGUGGUGGUGGUUUGUACCAUUUCAUUGUUUCUCUUUUUGAGGACUCAAAAAAGAGAAAAGAGCUAAGUUCUUAACCAAUAUUUGUCUCUCCUUCCUUGUAGGUGGUAAGUGUUUUCUCAUUGCCGAGAAUACAAGUUAGCAACUGAUAGUCCUUUUGAGAGAUUUUUACCCCAUAUUGUGAAAGUUUUGACUACUCCACAUUGGACCUCACAAGAUCCCCACAUUUCUCUCUCCCGGUCCAGGCAACCUCCACUGUUUACAUAUCAUUGCAAGUCUGGCUGCUAUUUUGGUCAUUUUUUGUAAUUUUCUUUUUUUUUUUUUUUGCCGGACCUUAACAGUGUCAAGUACACUUGAGGAAUCUCGAUAGAUUUUGUAGGGUACCCUCAUGGGUUUUGUGUUUUUGCAUGGAGACUUGGGAAGGCAGUCAAGGUACCCCCAGGAGAUUGGAACUAUAUCUAACUUAAAAAUGCAGUCAUCCAAGUAAUCACCCCGGUGGUUCAUUUUAGUAAUGGAAAUGUUAUAUUGACAAACAAA